UCGCGCAUGCCACACGCUGCCGCACCCAGUUUCCGAACGGCGUGCGCCAUUUUAGGUUAUCACAAAUUAUUUUUACCGCGAGUCUGCUAUAAUAAUGGAAUGGACGAACGAAAAAUUACUAAACUUCAUCAAAGACUACAGAAAAUGCAAAGUACUAUGGGAUAUAAGGAACCCCAACUAUAAACAUAACGGCAAGAAACGUAAAAUCCUUAUCGCUUUCGGACAGAAGUACGGAAUGGACGAGUGCGGUGUAAGGAAGAAAAUAAAGAAUUUACGGAGUGCGUUUCACAGGGAACACCAUCGAUUGACGAGUAAGAUGAAGGAUGAUCAUGAAAGAGAUGACGUUAGAAAAUGGUUCGCGUAUGACGCCUUGAAGUUUAUACUGGAUGUCACGGGACCUUACAUGACUAAAAGAGAAGAACAAUCAAACUCUGCAGAAGAAUCAUUUCAAGAAGAAGAUUACGAGAACGACCAGGAAACUUUUGAUAUAAGCACUCAAUACAUUCAACUAAUGGACGAAUCGCCAGAAAGAUCUAAGAGUCCAGACAAACAAAAGUACCAAAACUCUCUAAUAGCAAGUACCGAGGAAGAUGAAUACGAUCUUUUUGGCCGCUCAAUGUCGAUGCAGUUGAGAAAAAUGCCAGAAUUAGUAGCGUUAGACUUGAUGCAGAAAAUGCAACUAAUGGUGUUCAACGCGAAAAAACAGCUAAGCAAAUCGAAGAACAAGACAAAAGUGAAAAUACCUCAGCCGGUGUCGCACAGUGUCCCAUCUACAAGCAAGAAGAGAGUUCGAUCAGCGUCUCCUAUGUCACAUAACUCAGUUAAGUCGUCCCCUCGGUCAUCACCCAUGUACAAAUUUGAAACCAUUAGCCCUGAUGAUACUGGUGUCGAUGACAAUACCGAUAAAGAUUUCUACGAGUACAUGAUCACUGUUGAAGAUGAUAAGCAGGAUAUUGAAAGAAUAAAUAAAAAUGCAAGCGAUUUGAAGCAACAGUUGAAAAGGAAAAGCUUAAAGUCGAUUGAUCCUCUAGAAGUAAAACGUAUUAAAGAUGAAGAAAAUGUUGGGCAUUAAGUAUAUGAGCCGUGCUCUUUGACUUGUUACAGUAAAAUACUACAUGUCUCAUAGGUACGAAAUAAAUUUUA